GAACCACUUCCUGGAAUCAGAGUUCAUCUUCCAUGCUUGUUUUAGUGGAGUAGCAGUGACAGUAGAGUGUUGGGCCAAAGUUAAUAUGUAAAUACGUUACACUUAUACUCUUGCGUGUUUAUUAGUCUUCGUGUGUCGAACAUGUCUGUGGAUGCAUCAAGGCGCGAGCUGACCCAGCUGAUCUACCGUCAUCUGAAGGAGCAUGGUUUCCACUCAGCUGCAGAGGAGCUACAGAAAUACAGCCCACAGGUAGAGACACAAGUGUCUGAGUCAUUAUUUGACAUCUACAGAUCCUGGUUAAGUUACAAGCAGUCGGAUUCGGCCAAGCACUCCAAACAAGAAAGGACUAAGGCCGCGACAAAGAAAAGGAAGGACAAAAUAGCAAACAAAGAGGAGACACAGAAAAUUAAGACUGUGCCAGCCAAAAGGAAAAAAAGUGACAGUAAAUCUGCAGAAAAAGUCAUCAAGGCCAAAAAAUCAAAGACCCAAAUUAAAGACCUGACUGUUGCUGCUGGAGGAGAAGAUUCUGACUCUGACAGCAGUCUGGAUGUAGAUAAAUGGAAGAAACUCAUCCUGCAGAUGACAGAUUCAGACAUGGCCAAGAUGGAGACCAUCAAUGCACUGGACUCGUCUGAACCACCAGCCGUAAAGAAGAGAGUGAGGAAACCCCGGACAAAGCCUCCCGCAAAAAACAUUACUCCCAAUGAACAGGAAAUAGUUGGAGAGAAUAAGAAAAUGGAGGAGAAAGCCACUACAGAGACACCAAUAAUGAAGAGCAAACCCAAGAAGACAGCACCUGUGAUCUCCUCUGCUACUCUGAGCCAAGAAGACAGACCAGCGACGCCCACUCUUACCCCGUCAAAACAGACACCAAUAAAGGAUCAAAUAAAAGAUGUGACACUGAUUGAAGAAAAAACUGAUGAGACAACGUCUGAGCCCAAGAAAAAGAAGAAGAAGAAAAAGGAGAUUAGUGAAGAUAAUGUGGAGAAUACAAAUGACACUGGUGGCGAUGAAAAAGAGGUCAAGGAGAAAAAGAAGACUAAAGUCACUAAAGAGACACAGGUAGAUACCAUAGAAAAAGAAAUCAUAGCAAAGGUCAAAAGUGUUGAUAAUGUGGACCCUUUAGAACCAAGAAAAAAAGACAAGAAGAAGAAAAAAGACAAAACUGAUGAACAGGUAGCUGAAACGGUAAAUACAGAACAGAUGGUUGAGGAACCGAAAACGACAGCUGGAAGUGAAGAAAUAUUAGAACAAAAUGUAAAAGAAAACCAAAAUCAUUCAGAAGAGAUACCUGAAGAAAAGAAGCAAAAGAAGAAGAGGAAGGAGAUUGCUAAUAAUGAGGAAAAUUCACAGCAGAUCGUUAAAGAAAAGAAAGCAAAAAAGAAGAAAAAGGAGAAACCUGGUGAAAAUGGUUCAGAGCAGAUCGUUAAAGAAACGGAAAAAAAUCAUGAAGCUGAUUUUAGCGAGGAGAUGACAGAGCAGGUACCUGAGAUUGCUAAUAAUGAGGAAAAUUCAGAGCAGAUCGUGAAAAAGAAUAACGCAAAGAAGAAGAAAAAGGAGAAACCUGAUGAAAACAAUUCCAAACUCGUAGUUAAAGAAACUAAAAAAAUACAUGAAGCUGAUAAUAGAGAGGAGAUGACAGAGCAGGUUCCUGAAGAUAAUAUGACAAACAUAUCAGAGAGCGGUGACAGAGAGGAACGGCCAGAGCAGAGCACUGAAGUGAAGAAGAAAAAGAAAAGACACUCAUCAUUGGAAAAUAAUGAUAAAGAGCCACUGCUUCCACUCAACCUAGACACACCAAGUCCUCCAACAGAGAAGAAAAAAAAGAAAAUCAAAUUAAAAUCGGCUGACGUCCCAGAAACCCCUACCCGUUCUGUCCAAGACAGCAAAGCUACAGAAACCAGCCACACACCCUCAUGUGACUCCAGCCAUAAAAAGAAAAAGAAAUCGUCCAAGAGUCAUGAAGAUGUUUGAUUCUGCUCCCCUGGAAACGAAUCCCGCUCGUCUUAUUUUUUGUUAUUUUUGAAUGCUCAGAAAGAUUGCUGUUGGCCCCGGCCUUGGCACAACUGUACGCCGGCGACCCGGGUUCGAUUCCCGACCCGUGGUCCUUUCCGGAUCCCACCCCGACUCUCUCUCCCACUUUCCUGUCACUCUCCACUGUCCUAUCCGAUUCAAAGGCAAAAAGCCGCCCCCCCCCCAAAAGAAAGAUUGCUGUAAAGACAAACUAGUUUUCUAUUUGGACAUUUUUUUAUCUUUCUGUUUUAUGUUUACCAAACAUAGUUGAGCCUACUUUUCUGUAUAUUUUUUUGUUUAUCUGAUUCGUUUUUAAUGGCAUGAAUUUUUGAAAGGUUCCUGAUUGUUUGUCCCGAAUAUAUUUCUUUUUUAACAACAUUUUGACGGUUUUAUAUCUUUGUAAAAAUACACUGCAUUGGGUUAAAUACCUAUGUUUGUGAAAAGCCGUGUUUUUUAAGCAAAAGUUUUAUAUAUUUUAUAAAGCUUUUACAUGUGUACAAACAUUAUGCCUUUAAUACAAAUUAAAACUCGAGUUUUUUUUUCAAAUGUCCUGUGCCUAUCUGAAAUAUGUUGUGUUUACUGUAGACUGAGGUUUAGGGAUUCUGAAUGUUUUCAGUGGUAGAAGAAGUGCUUAACUUUUUAUUUUAAGUAAAACUGUGACUAAUAAUUAUAUACCUAGGUAAAUUAUCUGCAUGUCUUUUCAACAUGGAGCUUUUAGUUCCAACAUAAUGCUGUAUAGUCCUAGUCCUAAUGCAUGAUAUUGUCAUUUUUAUAUUUUGUAAGUAAAAUCUAUCUGGUAGGUAAACGUAUUACCAAAAUGUUUUCCACCGAUGUAGAAUUAUACAGUAUAUUUACCAGUUUAGUUGCAUAUUUUUGAGUGCGUAAUGGGCUCUUUGUUUUGUUAUAAUUUAUUUUGGGGAACAAUAAAUUGGAAUAGUAACAUAGUUUAAAACAAAAUUGUAUCUUUACAUAAACUAUUAGCAUUUAAUUGCACAUUUAUUUAGGGGCACACGAUCAAGUUGUCCCCUUGAGAGUAAUACAGUGUGUGACUGUUCAGUGUUACGUGUACCUCUGAUGUAGAACUAUACAGUACGUUUAGCAGUUGAGUUGCAUACUUUUAAGGGCUUAAUGGGCUUUUUGAUGAAGUUAUAAGUUAUUUUGGGGUACAGUAAUUUACAAUAUAGUCAAAGUCAACUUUAUUGUCCAUUCCUCUAUGUGUUAUACAGACGGGGGUUGAAAUUCUGUUUCUCACCAUCCCAGAGAAUAAAAAUAUACAUACAGUACAUAUACGCCUACACCCAGUUAUAUAUAGACACAAAUAUAUACAUAUUUAGAGGUAGAAAUCAAAAUAAAUGUAGUAAAGUACAAAAAAUAACAGUUACAGGUUUGAGGCUAGACAGCAAAACGGAUGAAUUGAAAAAUAUAAAAUAUGUCAACAGUAAAAACAUAUACAGUAGUGCAAAA